AUGGAGCCGGGGCGGCGGGACUCGCUGGCGCUGCUCACCGACCUCUACCAGUUCACCAUGGCCUAUGGCUACUGGCGGGCCGGGCGGCAGCGGGAGCCGGCCGAGUUCGAGCUCUUCUUCCGCCGCUGCCCCUUCCGGGGGGGCUUCGCCCUGAGCGCGGGGCUGGGCGAGUGCCUGGCCUUCCUGCGGGCCUUCCGCCUCCGCGAGCCAGAAAUCGAGUACCUGCAGUCGGUCCUGCCCAGCACUAUGGAGAAGGCUUUCUUCGAUUACCUGCGCACCGUGGACGCCUCCGAAGUCACCGUCUCCUCUGUGCCGGAGGGCUCCAUCGUCUUCGCCACGGUUCCGCUAUUGCAAGUGAAGGGGCCGCUGCUGGUGGUGCAGCUCCUGGAGACCACGCUGCUGUGUCUGGUCAACUACGCCAGCCUUGUGGCCACUAAUGCUGCCCGGUUCCGCAUGCUCGCUGGCCCAGACAAGAAGCUGAUGGAGUUGGGGCUGCGACGUGCCCAGGGCCCGGAUGGGGGCCUUUCUGCAUCCAAGUACUCCUACAUAGGGGGCUUCGAUUGGACCAGCAACGUGCUGGCAGGGAAGCUGUAUGGGGUUCCGGUGCGGGGAACCGUGGCCCAUUCCUACAUCAUGUCCUUCACGUCGCUGGCGGAGGUGCAGCCCCGGACCCUGAAGCCCCUGGACGGAGAUGAGCCGGUGGAUUUCCUGCCCCUUGCUGAGUCGUGGCUGAGGCGAGUGUGCCAGACGCUGCGGGUCCCCCACGACAGGGUGAACCACGGGGAGCUGGCUGCCUUCGUGUCGUACGCCAUCGCCUUCCCCCACAACUUCCAAGGGCUGGUGGACACUUACUCCAUCAUGGGGAGUGGCAUCCCAAACUUCUGCGCUGUGGCGCUGGCGUUGAACCAGCUGGGAUACCGCACGGGAGGGAUUCGCGUGGACAGCGGAGACCUCGGCAAGCAGGCGAGGGAGAUUCGCCAGGUGCUCCGGACCUGCAGUGCCGACUUCCAGGUUCCCUGGUUUGCGACCAUCCCCAUUGCUGUGAGCAAUGACAUCAGUGAAAGGAGCCUGGAGGAGUUAAUGCAGGAGGGGAAUGAAAUUGACAUGAUCGGAAUUGGGACCAAUCUGGUGACGUGCCCGCUGCAGCCCUCCCUGGGCUGUGUUUACAAGCUGGUGAAGGUGAACGGCUGCCCCAAGCUGAAGCUGACUGAAGACGAAGAGAAGAUGACCAUCCCAGGGAGCAAGGUGGUGUACAGGCUCUCUGAUGCCACUGGUCUUGCCUUUAUGGAUCUCAUGGCAUUGGAGGAGGAGCCCCCACCCAGGGCAGGGCAAGAGGUGGCUGUCCGCCUGCUGGGGAGGAGUGAGGAGGCCAGGAGGGUGACUCCCACGGCCGUGGAAAUCCUGCACCGCACUUACUUUAAAGAUGGACAGGUUUGCCAGGCUCUUCCCAGCCUGCUGGAAAUCAAGAGCCACGCGCAAGCCUCUUUGAGCAUGCUCAGCCCUGCGCACAAGAGACUCCAGGACCCGGAGCCUUACCAGGUUGCUGUGACUGAGAAGCUGCACUUGCUCCUCAAUGACCUGCGUCGAUCCAGCCGGUGA